AUGUCGAUGAUGGCAUGGCAGGGCCUGGUGACCGGCGGCGUGGUGCUGCUGGUGCGCAAGGGGAAGAGCUCCCUGGUGUUGCGCUUUGACGAGGACCUGUUCUUCAUCUACCUGCUGCCUCCCAUCAUCUUCAACGCCGGGUUUCAGGUGAAGAAGAAGCAGUUCUUUCGCAACUUCGGAGCUAUCAUGGCCUAUGGCAUUGUGGGCGUCUUCAUCUCCUUUGGAGUCAUCUCAGCAGGGUGCAGGAGCCUCUUUGAUCUUCUGGGCCUUCCACCACAGCACAGCCGCGUGUACCUUGCGCUCGGCGUGAUCUUCUCUGCAACCGAUUCCGUCUGCACAUUACAAGUGUUGGACCAGGGCGAGGAGCCGCUGGUGUACAGCCUGGUGUUUGGCGAGGGCAAGCAUUGCACGCUCCAUCGGGUGUUGGACCAGGGCGAGCAGCCGCUGGUGUACAGCCUGGUGUUUGGCGAGGGCAAGGUGUUGGACCAGGGCGAGCAGCCGCUGGUGUACAGCCUGGUGUUUGGCGAGGGCAAGGUGUUGGACCAGGGCGAGCAGCCGCUGGUGUACAGCCCGGUGUUUGGCGAGGGCAAGGUGUUGGACCAGGGCGAGCAGCCGCUGGUGUACAGCCUGGUGUUUGGCGAGGGCAAGGUGUUGGACCAGGGCGAGCAGCCGCUGGUGUACAGCCUGGUGUUUGGCGAGGGCGUGGUGAACGACGCCACGUCCAUUGUGCUCUUCCGCGCCGUGCAGAAGCUGCAGCACGAUGCACUCGACCUGCCUGCUGUCGCCGGCAUCGCCUCUGACUUCCUCUACCUCUUCACCGCCUCCACUGCCCUCGGCAUUGCUUUUGGAUUGGCAUCAGCGUUCAUAAUCAGGAAGCUCUAUUUCGUCGGGCAUGCGACGGACAGGGAGGUGGCGCUGAUGGCGCUGAUGGCGUACCUGUCGUACGUGCUGUCAGAGGUGCUGGAGCUCAGCGGCAUCCUCUCCGUCUUCUUUGCCGGCAUUGUCAUGAGUCACUACACAUGGCACAACGUCACUGAGAGCUCCCGAGUUACCACCAAGCAUGCGUUUGCAACCAUGUCGUUCAUAGCGGAGACGUUCAUCUUCAUCUACGUGGGCAUGGACGCACUCGACGUGGACAAGUGGAACUCCGUCAACCACAGGAAUGCAGGCGUGCUGUUUGGCAUCCUUCUCUCGCUCGUGCUGCUGGGGCGUGCUGCCUUUGUCUUCCCGCUCUCCUUCCUGCUCAACCUCCAGCGCAAGAACAGCCGAGUGCUGCUCCCCCAGCACCAGGUGGUCAUAUGGUGGGCGGGGCUCAUUCGUGGUGCUGUCUCCAUCGCACUCACCUACUCCGCAGUGUCCUUUUCCUCUCUGUCUUCUCUCCCCUUCCCUCCCAUUCCCUCGCCCGCCCUCCCCGUCCCCGUGCAGUUCCCGGACUAUGCAGACCCAGUGGUAGCAACCACAAUAGCUGCCACGAUUGCUCUCGUGCUCUUCUCCACAGUUGUGAGUGCAUCUCCUAUUGUCACCUCCAUCUCUCUCUCCCACUUACACCUACCAUAUCAGUUCUCAGAAGGUCCCUUCAAAAUCUUCCAGUGGAUGCUCAGUAUUGGCACCUUCAGGAUGCUCCAGGAAAGUACUUUGUCCACUCUUCUCCCAACGGCUCUUGUCUCCCCCUCACUCUGUCUUCCAUUGAUGUAUAGUCCCUCCAACCUCUCCCACCUCGCACCGCCCACAGGGUUGCGAGUGAGUCUUACUGAUAGGUUGCUGGCAGAGGGUGGGGAGGUGAGGGGUGUGGAGGAGUAUGUAGAGGAGGAACGGAUGGUUUCGGGAGGUUUGCUAGGGGAUGUUCUGCGGUUUGGAGGGGAGUGGGAAGCACAGGGGGAUGAUGCUCGGAGGUCCAGCAGUGGGUGGUGGAGCAUAUCAGAAGAAGGGGGGGAGAAGGAGUCUGCAGGGGAGCAGGGCGGGCGGAAGGAGGAGGAAGGGGAUGCGAUUGAAGGGGAGGACUUGGCAGAUUGUGAUUCAGCCUGGCCUGCCCGCCUGCAAUCACCUCGGCCCCAUGCGUCCCCUCCUUUCCACUCACGGCCAUCCCCGGAUCGUGGAACAUGA